AUAUAUUCCUAGUUCAAGUUUCAAUUCUAUUCUCUAAGCACCUUAUCAUGUCCAAAGGUAUCCUGCUCCAGCAACUUUAAUUUGGACUCUAUAAGACAAGAACUCUUGCUUCUGUUUUUGGCAGAAUUAAGAUAUGACUCCCAUGAUUACAAUACAUUAAACAAAAAUUAGUUUAUUUUGAUCGGAUAAUAUUAUUUGUAAAUAAAGCAGUGAUAGAGAAGUACAAGAUGGAUAGAGGAAAAGGAAGAGGUGAAGAUUCAGAAGAUGAGGAAUUUAAGGUUGAGGAUCUUCAAGAAAGUUCCAACUCCAAGAAAUUAGCCUCUAAUUGGAAGAAUCGCUUCAAGCUUUUGAGGAACUAUUCUAGUCUUGACACUAAUAAUGUUAGUGUUAGAAAUGGAGAUCAAGGGAGAGACAGUACAAGCAGGGGAGGACGUAGAGAUCACUGCUAUGGCUUUGUUAUUCAUCCUGAUAAUUGGUGGUACCUGUUGUGGACUCAAUUCAUUCUGAUAUGGGCGAUUUACUCCUCCUUCUUCACUCCCCUGGAGUUUGGGUUUUUCAGAGGACUCCCCGAAAAUCUGUUCCUUCUGGACAUUGCCGGCCAAAUUGCUUUCCUCAUCGACAUCGUCGUUCUCUUUUUUGUUGCGUAUCGAGACGCUCAUUCUUACUGCAUGGUCUACGACCGUAAACUCAUUGCCCUUCGGUACUUGAAAUCUCGUUUCCUGGUGGACUUGCUAGGUUGCUUCCCAUGGGAUGCUAUAUACAAGGCUUGUGGAAGAAAGGAGCCAGUUAGAUACCUCUUAUGGAUUAGGCUAAGCCGAGCCCUUAGAGUGACAGAGUUUUUUGAAAAGCUGGAGAAAGACAUCCGUCUAAAUUAUCUGUUUACAAGGAUUGUGAAGUUAUUAGUUGUCGAAGUAUACUGCACUCACACCGCUGCUUGUAUUUUUUACUAUCUGGCUACUACAUUGCCUCCAUGGGAGGAAGGUUACACGUGGAUAGGAAGCCUGAAGAUGGGUGACUAUAGUUAUGCACAUUUCCGAGGCAUUGAUCUUUGGACUCGCUAUAUCACAUCUUUGUACUUUGCCAUUGUCACCAUGGCAACUGUUGGUUAUGGAGAAAUUCAUGCAGUCAAUACCAAGGAAAUGAUAUUUGUAAUGAUUUAUGUCUCUUUUGACAUGAUUCUUGGUGCCUACCUACUUGGUAAUAUGGCAGCAUUAAUUGUAAAAGGAUCCAAAACUGAAAAGUUCAGGGAUAAAAUGGCAGAUAUUAUAAAGUAUAUGAACAGAAACAGGCUGGGGAAACGCAUAAGCAAAGAGAUCAAAGAUCAUGUCAGAUUACAGUAUGAGAGCCGAUAUAAUGAGUCUUCUGUUCUUCAGGAUAUUCCUGCUUCAAUUCGAGCUAAGAUUUCGCAAAAGUUGUAUGAGCCCUACAUCAGAGGAGUCCCACUUUUCAGAGGUUGCUCGCAUGAAUUUAUCAAACAGAUUGCAAUCAAAGUACAUGAAGAAUUUUUCCUUCCAGGGGAAGUGAUUAUGGAACAGGGUAGCAUGGCAGAUCAACUGUAUUUUGUCUGUCAUGGUAAAGUGGAAGAAGUUAGAAAACCAGAAGAAAAUGAAACUGAAGAAUCUCUCCUGGAUCUUCACACUUACAACUCUGUUGGUGAAAUUUCUGUUCUUUGUAACAUCCCAGUCCCUUAUACAGUUCAAGUUUAUGAGUUAUCUAGACUGCUACGAAUUGAUAAACAAGCUCUGGUGGAGAUUCUGGGGAUAUACUUCUCUGACGGGCGUGUAAUCAUCAAUAAUCUACUUGAGGGAAGAGAGUCAAGCCUUCGAAGCAAGAUAUUGGAUUCAGACAUAACACUGAAUAUUGCGAAACAUGAAUCUGAGCUCACGAUGAGGUUGAACUGUGCAGCUCACGAUGGAGAUUUGUAUCGUCUAAGUCGUAUAAUUGGUGCAGGAGCAGACCCCAGCCGAACUGAUUAUGAUGGAAGAUCACCCCUGGUAUCUAUUUCUAGCUUUUGUAAAGUGUGUGGAGAAAGAUAUAUCUUUGCUUGGACUUAUUAUAUCUUUGCUUGGACUUUCCUAUAAUAAUUUAUAGUUGUUUCUGUCAUAACAAGCUACCAAAUAGCAAUGUCAAGGUUACUUAUAGAAAAGGUAUAUCAAGGUUAUACUCCAUCAUUCAUUU